GAGCUGCGCAGCUCAAUUGCACCAUGAGAAGCUGCGCAUAGGGCAUUACACACAGCCGCACCUGUCGAGAAUCACCUCAGGAAUUAAUCUCUCUCUUUUCACCAGCCGCCCCCGUUCGCAUCGUCUCUCCAGCGACACCAUGGGCUUCGCAACCGGCUUUACCGGUGGCGUGACGCUCACCCUGUCUCUCGCAUACCUCUCUGUUCUCGCCCACCAGCGCAGCCGCGAGGCUCAAAGCAAAUCCCUUCGCACACAAACGCUCAUGAUCCAGCACCUCCUCGAUCCAAUCCCUCAACCGCUUCCCCCGACCCGAUCCGAAGUCGCCGCUGCUCAGCGAGAAGCCGCCGUCGAGGUCGCCAAGCAGCGAUGGAACUCUGAGGUUGAGAAUGCUGUGCGCUGGGUGCAGCACACGGACUGGGACGAGGUACGGGAGGGCAUGGAGGGCAGAGUCGCGUACCUGUGGGCCAAGGCGACGGGCCAGUCAGUAGAAGAAGUGGAAAAGGCAAGGCGCUCUCUGGAGCCUGUGAAGAGGACGCAGAAGGCCAGCAGCGAGAUUGCGGCUGCUACGAGAGGGGCGUUUAGCCAACCCAAGGAAACAGUUGAGAGCGUUGAAAUGACUGCAGAGAACCGGGCUCUGGAUGCAAGGCUGAGAACCAGGAAGGUCAUUGAGGAGACAGCCACAGAGGCAAAGGGAAUUGUUAGCGCAACUCUGGACAAGGGUCGCGAGAAGGCAAAGGAGAUUGUGGGCAAGGCCAAGACUGCCGUUGGCCUGGCAGAGGCACAGGUUCAAGAGAUGACGGGCGACAAGGCCAAACCACAGCUGAGCCCUGUGCAGCAAGCUUUGAAUCAACGAUACGAGAAGCCUUCAAAGGACACACGGACAACGGCGCAGAUUCUCGAGGAGAGAUACGUUCCGAUGGACAAGCGAGACAACUCAAUUCUGCGAGGACUGUAAGAAGGGUUAAGAAGUGUUGGGAGUGUUGUUUAAAAACGGCGAAUCUGAGCAAGGUCUCACGGCAGGCACUUGACCAGGCUGGAAGCAUCUAUAACUUCAUGUAUGGCGCAGAUAGACAUUACAAUGUACUACUACAUCCUCUACU